UCCAUCUUUCCUCGCUUCCGCCUAUGUUCCUCUUUCUCUCUUUCCCACGCUUCACUCACUAUUCACAUCAAUAUACGACGUAAAACCUCCCAGAGUUUAGCCGCCGAAUGAUGAUUGAGUACCGUUGUAGCUCAAUCCAUUGGAAGCCGUCACCGGUAGUUGCCCUAGCCACCAGUGCCGACGACUCUCAGGUCGCUGCCGCUCGAGAGGACGGCUCGUUGGAGAUUUGGCUCGUCUCUCCCGGCGCCGUAGGCUGGCACUGUCAACUUACUAUUCAUGGAGAUCCUAAUUCGAGAGUUUCAUCGCUUGUGUGGUGCCGUGCUGGCUCGAAAGGGUUGCCAUGUGGUCGGUUGUUUUCUUCCAGCAUCGACGGGUCAGUUUCAGAGUGGGAUCUCUUCCACUUGAAGCAGAAGAUUGUGCUAGAGUCAAUUGGCGUUUCAAUCUGGCAGAUGGCUGUCGCACCCACUAAUGAUCAACUGGUUUAUGCAGAACCUAAGGUUCAACAUAUUGGCAACGGAUUUUUAAAUGGUAACUCUGAUGAUAAAGAAGACGGUGAAACCAGUGGGAGUGAGAGUGAUUCUGACGUAGAAGAUCUUCACAAGCAGUCAGUUAUUUUGGAUAGGCAUGUUGCCAUUGCUUGUGAUGAUGGUUGUGUAAGGAUUUAUACUAUCCCUGAUUCCAAUGAGUUGAUAUACCAAAGAUCAUUGCCUAGGGUCAGUGGGCGUGUUCUAAGUGUGACUUGGAGUUCUGAUGCGAAUAUGAUCUACUCAGGAAGUAGUGAUGGGUUGAUAAGAUGUUGGGAUGCAAAACUGGGUCACGAAAUUUAUAGAAUUACAGUUGGACUUGGAGGUUUGGGUGGUGGACCUGAACUCUAUGUGUGGUCAUUGCUUUCAUUGAGGUGUGGGACUCUUGUUAGUGGAGACAGUACCGGCAGCGUUCAGUUUUGGGACAGCAAGCAUGGAACUCUUCUGCAGGCACAUUCUAAUCACAAGGGUGAUGUGAAUGCUCUUGCAGCUGCUCCUAGUCACAACAGAGUUUUCUCUGCUGGUUCUGAUGGACAGGUUAUUCUUUAUAAGCUCUCUAGCGAGAUGGUUGGUUCUGGCGAUGACAAUUCUUCUGCUGAGGUGACAAAAAAAUGGGUAUAUAUUGGUUAUGUAAGAUCUCACACGCAUGAUAUCAGGGCCUUGACGGUGGCAGUGCCAAUUAUCCGUGAAGCAGAUCCUCUGCCAGAGGAAGAGUUGCCAGAUAAAAAGUCAAAAAGAAGUCGUAGCGAGCGCUGUAAGGAGAAGCCCAUUGACUUUACGUAUCAUAAGUGGGCUCACCUAGGAGUUCCAAUGCUUAUCUCAGGUGGUGAUGACACGAAGCUUUUUGCCUAUUCUGCUCAGGAGUUCACUAGGUUCUCUCCGCAUGAUAUCUGUCCUGCACCUCAGAGAGUUCCUAUAGAACUGGUGCAUAAUACAAUAUUUUGUCAGACUUCUUUGCUUCUGGUCCAAGCUUCUUGCUGGAUAGAUAUUCUCCGUGUUAGCGUUAAAAAUAAUUCUGCAGGCCGGGCAGCAACUGAUUUGUUGGCUCGGGUUAAGAGUAAGGCUUCUCGGAGGAUCAUUUGCAGUACAAUUUCUAAGUCUGGAGCAUUUUUUGCCUAUUCCGACCAAAUUAGACCCAGCUUAUUUGAAUUGAAGAGAAAUGAAUUUGGGGAGAGUAAGUGGACUGUUACUAGGAGGCAGCUUCCUCCAAAACUACCAUUUGCACAUUCUAUGGUUUUUAGUUCUGAUUGUUCGCGUUUGAUGAUAGCAGGACAUGAUAGAAGAAUAUAUGUUGUUGAUGUGGGAAGUUCAGAACUCGUCCAUACCUUCAUACCUUGCAGGGACGAGCAUGAAGAGGAAUUACAACCUAGUGAACCUCCGAUAACAAAAAUGUUCACAAGUUCUGAUGGGCAGUGGUUAGCUGCUAUCAACUGCUUUGGAGAUGUCUAUGUGUUCAAUCUUGAGAUACAAAGGCAACACUGGUUCAUAUCAAGAUUGGGUGGUGCCUCUGUUACAACUGGUGGUUUCCAUCCCUGGAAUAACAAUGUUCUUAUAAUUUCAACCUCCUCAAACCAUGUCUUUGUGCUUGAUGUUGAAGCUAAACAAUUGGGGGAAUGGUCGAUGCAGCAUUCUUAUGUUCUGCCAAAGAGAUACCAAGAAUUUCCUGGGGAGGUUAUUGGGAUCACAUUCUCGCCUUCCCCAAGUUCAUCUGCUAUAAUUUAUAGCGCCAGGGCAAAGUGCUUGAUUGACUUUGGAAUGCCAGUUGAACGGGAUGAUGAAAAUGACUUGGUAAAUGGCUGCGUAACCAAGAAAUUGCAAAAUGCCCUCCUUAAAGGGGGUCUAAGGUGUGGGAAUGGGACUCGAAAACGGGCUCUGGAGGACUGUCAGACAGAAUUGAAACUAAGUGGUAGAAGGAAUUUUGAAGUUUUGCCUUCCAAAAACCCUGUUUUAUUUAUUGGACACCUUUCAAAAAAUUCCGUCUUGGUCAUAGACAAACCAUGGAUGGAAGUGGUUAAAUCUUUGGAUACUCAACCUGUUCACAGAAAUAUUUUUGGGUCAUAAAAUUUUGUUCUCGAAAAAGGGAGAAAUUUCAAAUACGUCGUUUGAUCCCUCCUUUCUGAUGUCAUGCCAGUCUAUCAUGAUCAUAUGUUGCAAGUAAUUGGGAUGCAUCAUGUCAGAAGGACUAGGUUUCGAAGUGGGGAUCUCAAGCAUGUUGUGUAUUGUAUGGGUCAAAUGAUUUUGUUAACAUGAUAAAUUAGUGUUUCCUCUUCAAUCUUUUAUUCUAAUUUAAAUUUUUGUGUUUACUGGUUACUCAACCCUAUUUUUCUUCGAUUAGGGGAUGAACAAUGAAAUUUAGAUAGGGAAGUUUAAAGACCAGAUUCAUUGAUUAAAUAUCAAAGUAGGAAUUCUUGUGUAAA